AUGCGCUCGUGCCUCGCCCCAGCGCUUCCGCCCCCCCCUCUGGAAGGAGGUCAGAAGACACCUCCGGGGGAGGCAGGAGAGAGCGCGGAAAGGCUGGCUCCCGCAGCUACAGCCGCCCUUCGAGCCAUCAUCGAUAGGUCCCACGACGUUCGCCCAGUACAGGCAGGCGAAGGAGGCCCUUCACGGGGUAUCUCACGAGAGCCGCUUGGCGCAGCGACCUCUUCCGCGGAUGUCGUUGCCUGCUGCCCAACUUCCGAAGACUCCGGCACGCUGGCAACCCAGGGGGGAGGGGAGGAGGAUCUGUCGCUUCGCUCCUUCUUGUCGAGACAGCUGCUGGUGUGGGGCCCCGAGCAGCAGGCGCUCCUCCCAGAUUCCUGUGUGCUCCUCAUCGGAGCUGGUGGAGCGGCAGUAGAAGCUGCAAAGUGUUUGCUGCAGUCGGGUGUAGGCCGCGUUCUUCUAGCCGACCCAGAGCCGCCCAGUCCUGCCGAGAGAGCGGCGAAUUUUGCUGUCGCCGAGCACAGUGCAGCGGCGUGCGAGAAACAGAGCGCCGCACUCCCUUUGGACGCAGACGCUACAGCCGCCUCCAGCCAAUGCAGCGAAGAACCCGCCAUCCAGCUCGCGAAACAUCCCGAGCUGCCACGAGAGCCGCUCAAGGGGCAACUGCCCCCCAAGCGGGAUACCCUGACACGCGCUGCAGUUGCGUGUGGGGCGCUGCGCCGUGUUGCGGCUCCGUAUGCGCGGGUUUCUGAGGUGUCUCUACAGCAGCAGGCCGGCGAGGCUGCUCCUGCCUGGCGCAUGCGCGUGCUGCAAUUGCUGGAACAGGUCGAUGUUCUGCUGCUCUGCGAUCGUCCGCUGCAACAAAAACUGUUUUUCGCUUCGCUAGCGCGCGAAUUGCGGAUUUCCAAGCGGCGCCUCCCUCAGGGUAGCCUCGAUCGGCAGCAGCGGAGCGCAGGCCCUCUCGUCGUGGCUGUCUGUACAGCCGGCCUUACCGGCAGGAUCGCCGUAGACUUUGGGGAUUUUUGCUUCUCGGGAGUCAACGAGGAAGCGGCUCUUGCAGCGCUCUUGCAGAAGCACGCACAGUCUCAAGAGCAGCAGCGCGAGCAGCUGCAAAAGCCACACGCCGCAGAGGCAACGUCCGUAUCUUUUCCACCGCUCAGCGAGGCUCUGAGCCUCCAAGGAGAGGGCCUGUGCGCUUCUCAACAGUCGGAGCGCGCAGUAAUUGGAGAAGAGCAGCAGUGCCUCACUGCUGCGUUUGAAGCCUUGGACGCCGAGGAGGCAGGAACGCUACCAGAGAACAACGACGCUGAGCGUGUAUCCGACGGUAUAGGAGCACAAGCGGCGCUGGAUCUGGAGAGCCCUGAAGCUCCAAGCGAUGUUGGAAGUCUAAGGAGCUGGAACGCAAGCCGUAUUACCAGUACUUCGCGAGUUGCAGCGCGAGCUGCUGCUAUCUUUCUUCGCCGAUUUGGACCUUCCGAAGCUGCACAACAGCCCUCCGCUGCUGUUGCUUCUGCUGCCAACUCGGCAGCCGCUGCAGCUACUGCGGAAGGGGCAGCAAAGGCUGGAGAGCUAGCGGUUCUCAUGGCCAAAGGCUCACGAGGCCAUCUCGCCCCCAUUGCGGCUGCGAUGGGCGCCUUCGCCGCCCAAGAGACUCUCAAGGGCCUCACACGGAGAUAUCCGCCGCUGCAACGGCCAUUCGUGCUGCAGGCUCUCGACCUUCUAGCGCUCACUGAAAACGGCGGCACCGACUCGCCAGUUGCAUCAGCCGGCGCGGACGAUGCUGCCAUAGACGCGACUGUGCUGCCUUCACCCUGGGCAGGGCAGCAGCAGCUCUUAGGCGAGGAGCUGCAGAGACACCUGAACCAUAUGCGCGUGCUGCUUGUGGGUGCGGGAGCCAUCGGCUGUGAAGUGCUCAAGAAUUUCGCUCUCAUGGGAAUUUCCACGCAGUGCCCUGGCCGCAAGACUGGCACCAGGGAUAGCAACUCGACUGCCCGUUCCCACAGUUGCAACAGCCGGUGCAGCGCCACGAGCAGCAGCUCCGCAAGAGGGGGCCUCAUCGCCGCAUUGCGUAAGGCCUACCGUGACUUGCGCCGACGCCGAGAACUCUCAGGAUCUGAGGCAGCGGCUAGAGCAAGUGGAACGAGCGCAGCAGCAGCAGGCGGGCUCUGUGAAGCCAAGCACUGCCCUGGAGGCUUGCUGUCUGUGAUGGACGGCGACGUCGUGGAAGUGUCGAACCUGAGCAGACAGGUCCUCUUCAGUUUUUCCUCGCUGCAACAGCCCAAGGCAUCUGCGGCGGCAGCAGCUGCUGCACGGCUGUCCAGCUGCAUGCAGCUGCAGGCCUUCCCCUUGAUGCUGACGCCGGAGACCCUGCGCAAACUCCCCUCGAUGUUUUUUCAACAGCAAGACUUAAUCGUUGCUGCGCUUGACUCGGUGGAGGCGCGGCUGUACGUGGACGCCCUCUGUUUGCUACACGCCAGGCCUUGGGUAGAAGCCGGCACGCUUGGCCUUAGAGGGCAUUCCCAGAGCCUUGUUCCCCACUUGACGGAGCCGUACGGCGCAGCAGCUGCGACUGCUGGCGCUCCUUCCCUGGCAGCCGUCCCGCUUUGCUCCGUAAGAGGAACCCCCACCGCCCCUCUUCACGCCGUUCAUUGGGCAUCAGCUGUGUUGCAUCAGACCUUUCGAGGCGACCUCGCAGCAGCUCAUCUGCUGCUGCAGCAGUUAGUGGAGCAGCAUACGCACCCCUCAGUGGACCGACCCGAAGGAGUCUCGGCUCUUGAUGGCCCCCCGUUUGCGGCUUCGCCGGACGCGUCAGAAGCGUCGAGCGACGCGGCGCUGCGCCUUCUUGGCAGGGCACCAGCGGCUGUCGCUGCCGCUGCUGCCGGCUCGCGGCGUCUGCGACAGCUGUUGCAGCUGGCACUCGAACUACUGACGGCUCACACAAGGAGACAGGAAGAAGUCUUGGAGGGCUGUCAUGGACAGCUCCAGCAUCCGAAGUGGCAGCAGGGGCAGUCGCAGCAACAUCGAUGCCGGUUAGGGGCCGGGGUUGUUCCCCUUUCUCCCGCACAUCUGCUGCUGGUGUCUUGGGCGCUUUCCCUUUUUGACGUACUGUUUGACAACGGAGGUCAGCAGCAGGGGGACUUACAUGGCUCGCCUUCCACUGUAGAGGACGCGUGGGGAGCUCGCGAGGCGAGUUCGUCUCAAAAGCAGCAACCGCUCUCCGCCGACCCCACCGACACAGACGUACUUGACUUUAUUGCCGCUGCCGGGCAGCUGCUGGCGACUGCCCUGCACCUCGAGCAGGCUGCACUGCCUGGGGGUGUUGCUGCCAGCGCUUCUGCAGAAGCUGCUGCGGCUGCUUUGAGGCAGCAGCAGGCAGAAGAGUUGCUUCUCCGGGGCGGUGGAGUGGGGCCUUGGAGCCGGCAGUCCGUUUCCAACGCUCUGAAGCAACUGCUACAAGCGCGUCACGAACGCACAGCUGGAGCGACAGUCGGAACUACCCUCGCAUCAGGAAAAGCAGCAAGAGGAAUUGCAGAUCUCUACUCGGCAGCCGAGGCACUGACACGAGCAGUAUCAGCAGCGGCAAAGAGGCCAGACUCCCCCCCCCUAAGGCCUCCUGGACUGCCGUCGCUCUCCGCGGAUGAGGCUGUGCCUCUUCGUUUUCUAACGGCAGCCGCGCGGCUGCGCUGCAGAGCCUUUGGGCUGUCGCCGCUUCCGGACCCCGAGGAGACGCAGCAGCUGCUUGGUCGGAUAGUUCCCGCAACUGCGACAGCUACCACUCUGGCUGCUGCACUGGCUUGUCUAGAGGUAUACCGGCUGGCAGCCCUACGCCUUGCAGGGUCGCACGGCAGUCAGGAACGAAAGCAGCAGCAGCCGCCACGAGAGCGAACGCAGCGAGCACAAAGGCGCAUGCCCGUGUUGUGGCUAGACAGAGGCAGUCCCCACGCCAGGCGUGCUGCCCGAAAGCAGCAGCAACAGCACUUGCGCAGCAGCUUCUUUUCUCUCUCAGUGCCGUUUCUUGCAGAGGCGCCCCCCCUACGCCCGCCAACCCUCCGCUUUCGUGGAGGCCGCUGGGGGGGGCAGCCUCUGUCUCCGUGGAACUUUUUUCGCUUGCGUCUUCGCGGAAGCACGGAAGAGAGCACAAGAAGCAACGUGUCAAACGGAGUGGAUGUAGGAGCAGUUGUGGGAGAAACGGAGGCAGCAAGCGCACUGACGAUCGCUGAACUGGUGCGUCUCAUAGAGACAGAUGCGGGGGUUCGCGUGCAGUCUCUGACUUGCGAGGACACCCUUCUUUAUUCGGCCCUUGAGGAGGGCAGCGCACUGAAGCAGCACUACGGUACACUGACGCCGCAAAUCGCGGAGCUGUUUGACACCCAGCCGCAACCCCAGCUGCUGCCGUUGCCUGACCCCAAGACGCUGCUCAGUGAGGCAUUGCAGCAGGUAAUUAGCAUGAAGGGACGCAGCAAGGGGCAGCAGGAACAAAACCGGCAGAAACAGCAGGAAAAGGAGCAAUUGGUUUGGGCUGUAGUUGUCAUUUCGGCUCUAGAUUCUGCCGGAGCCGACGCCCCCCUCCCCCCGCUGAAGGCUUUAAUUAAGGCCUGA